AUGCUCAGUGAAUGGCUCGUGGACAUUCCGGAACAGCUAUCAUCCGAAUGGAUGAUGGUGCCGUCGCCAGUUGGUAAACGGGUACUAGUAGUGGCAGCAAAGGGUGCCACAACUGCAUAUAACAAAGCCGGUAAAACCAUUACACAAUUCCGAUCUCGAUUACCAGGAGGAUCUGGGAAGUCAAGUGCGUAUACGAUAUUGGAUUGUAUAAUGACUGCAUCGAAGACAUUUUACUGUUUGGACGUAUUAGCCUGGAAUGGCAUGGAUAUGAGUGCGAAUCCUUUCGAUUUCCGACAAUUCAUGCUCAGUUCCAAACUGAAGGAGUCAUCGGAGCUUUCGGCAGUAUCCAGGCAGUACCCAUAUCGAUUUUUACCGUUGCCGUGUUGUAAGUGUGAACGAGCGUUGAUGGAGGAAAUGAUGAGAAACGGGUUCGACUUCGAAUUGGAUGGCUUGUUAUAUUAUCACAGUGGUGUAGUCUAUGAGGCUGGUCAGAGUCCGUUGGUUGGUUGGCUGAAGCCGUGGAUGCUGCCAGAGAUUCUGAAUGUACCAGUGCCAGAAAAGUUUUUAAAUGAGAACUCGUUGCAACAGUCGUCACAACAGUUCAUCGACGCUUUCAAUAUCGAACAUCGACAUACGUCGAAAAUCAAUAAAACCAUGGAAACGGAUUAA